AUGGCGCGAUCGAUAACUUAUUGGGUAAUUCAAAAGCCACCGUUCGCCGACCCAAAAAAACCAACCAAAGCUGAGAUGGCGGGACGCUUUGCCGAGUACUUGCCGGAGCCCAAGCUGAAGGAGCUUCGUGACAUCGCCAACGCGAUUGUCAGCCCUGGUAAGGGUAUUCUAGCUGCUGACGAGAGUGUACCAACCAUCGGCAAGCGUUUCAAGUCCAUAAACCUAGAAAACACCGAGGAGAACCGCCGAGAUUACCGUCAACUGCUCUUCAGCACCGACCCAUGCCUGGCAAAGUACAUUUCCGGUGUCAUUCUGUUUCACGACACAGUCUACCAAAAGACCAACGAUGGUACACCACUAGUUCGUCUGCUGCAGGAUCGUGGAAUCAUUCCGGGCAUCAAAGUUGACACUGGUGUUGUUCCUCUGGCCGGAACUCACAAUGAAGGCACAACACAGGGUCUUGACGGCCUGAGCGAACGCUGUGCGCAGUACAAGAAAGACGGGUGUCACUUCGCGAAGUGGCGUUGUGUUCUUAAAAUCCAGGAGCACACACCGUCCUACUUGGCGAUGUUGGAAAACGCCAACGUUUUGGCGCGCUACGCCGUGAUUUGCCAACAAAAUGGCAUUGUGCCAAUUGUCGAGCCGGAGGUUCUGCCAGAUGGAAACCACGACCUCUACGUCGCGCAAAGGGUCACUGAAGAGGUGCUGGCCUUCCAGUACAAGGCUCUAGCAGACCACCACGUCUUCCUCGAAGGCACACUGCUCAAACCCAACAUGGUGACCGCUGGCCACUCGUGUAGCCAGAAGUACACGAAGGAGCAGAAUGCCAUGGCAACGAUCCAGACCCUUCAACGAACCGUUCCAGCCGCCGUGCCUGGUAUUGUCUUCCUCUCAGGCGGUAUGUCUGAGCUGGACGCCACCCUGAACCUGGACGCCAUCAACAAGGCGAAGAUGAAGAAGCCGUGGGCGCUGUCGUUCAGCUUCGGCAGAGCCCUCCAGGCGUCGGUCAUUCAAACCUGGCAAGGCAAACCCGAGAACGUGACGGCUGCUCAGAAUGAGCUCUUGAAACUGGCUAAAGCCAACAGCGAAGCCACUCUUGGCACCUUCGAUGGCAACCUGGAACUCGCCGCUGGACAGAAAUCAAACUUCGUCUCCAAUCACGCCUACUAG